AUGACUGCCACCACCACCGACAGCACCAGCUGCGGCAGUCAUCCGCGAUGUCGCGCCCACACCGUAGCGAUGUCUCCAGCUUUCUUUUACGUGAUUAUCGGUGUGCUCAUGUGCCUCACUGUGUCGUGCUCUGCUUUAGGCUACGACGCGUCUCUGUACGUGAACAGCGACAUCGCCGUCACUUCUCUUUUUAUGGGGCCCAAGUUGACCAUUGUGAUGAACACCCCACCCAGUAACUUCAGUCCAAACGCCUUCGUCAGGGACCUCUACAACCUCUUCUCGAAAGCCGAUACCUCCAUCAAGAACCUCAGCUCUGUGUCCCUGGUUAACUGGUGCGCCCACGAUUUCUUUACGCUCAACGGAACCCUGUCUUGCCCAGAAGGCUCCAAGGAAAACGACGAAGACUACGGCUUUGUGCUUGCGCAGGUGCAGCUGAGCGGGUGGAACUCCGAGAAGGUGUUGAGUCCGGCCGAAGUGAACCUCUCCUCCCUGCAGGUCUUGAAUACCAUACUCGUCAAAAGAUUCGACGGCACCUAUAACCCUGACAACAACUCGUCCAUGGAUAACAGCAGCUACAUCAUCAACUUCUCCUCCAAUGCGAUGGUCACCUACGCCAUCUUUGGGUUCCUGAUGGUCCUCGUUAUGCUCGCCCUCAUCGGAGUGGCGGUGUGCGUCUGCCUGUGCGACAGCCGCCAGAUCAACCACAACAAGAGCAUUGUGGACCGGGCCAUCCGCACCGUGCACUCAAACUAUCUGGCCGCCCUCUACGGUCGUAGUCACCAGUCGCAGCAGCAGCAAGCCCUGGCGAGCCUCAACGAGCACCUCAACCUGUAUGCCGACAUGCCAAACAACGGGUCUUCUAACCUGCCGCAUGACUCGCAGUACUGGGCGAACUCGACGCGGGCCAACAACAGAUCGUCAAAGGCCAAAAGUAACGGGUGGAAUUACUUGCACCAGGAAGAUGGUAACACCCGCGAGAUGCAGGAGGUGCGCGGCAUGUAG